AUUUGUCCUUUUUUUUCCUUUCCUUUUUCCUCUCAUAACUUAUUUUUCGCCUUUUUUUUCCAUAGAUGAUUCUCUUCUCCACUUUCCGCCACAUUGCACACAACAACUUCAAAGAUCUAUCAUCAAUGUCGAUACUCUCUAUCCUUGCACUCCAAAAUUAACCCUUUUUUUCUCCUCUUUAAUUUUACUCGAUAUUCUGAAUUUAGGGUUUUUUCCGCUUCCGAUUCACCUCAGAUCAGAGUUGGAAUUGCAUUGUUUUCAUCAUAUUUCGUGACUUCAUGGAAAUUUAGGGUGUUUUGUCGACUCGUGGAAACUUGGAUGAAUUUUUAUUUUUUAUUUUUUUGGGAGAUUGUGGAUUGAGAAAUUGUGUUAGGGUUUCGAUUCUCUGUUUGCAUGUGUAGAAUAUGAGGAGGGGUCCUCUGCCGUAGCAUGGAGGAUCCCAGAAUUGGGACUUUUUAGAAAAUUAGUGGGCAUUGGAGGCAGAUUCUGUAUUUGGAUAAUUUAUUAAGUGAAGUGGAAAUUUAGGUUUUCUGAAGGUAGUUUUGUGUGAAGUAUAAAUCUCUGUGAAGGGGGAGAUGUUUGGGUCUGGGAGUGAUAGUGGGCAGAACCAUAGUGGGGUUGGUGCAGGUACUGUUUUGAUGCCAACGCGUUUUGUAUGGCCUUAUGGGGGAAGAAGAGUGUUGCUCAGUGGCUCUUUCACCAGGUGGCAAGAUCACAUAACAAUGUCACCCAUGGAGGGCUGCCCAACUGUGUUUCAGGUUGUCUGCAACUUAACACCAGGGUAUCAUCAGUACAAGUUCUGUGUUGAUGGAGAAUGGCGUCAUGAUGAGCAUCAGCAAUUUGUAAGUGGAAGUUAUGGUGUAGUCAACACAAUUUUCUUGCCCAGGGAGUCCGAUGGAAUUCCUGAGCUUUUUAACUCAGAUGUUCCCGCAAGAUCUAAUAUGGAUGUUGAUAAUGAUUUUCUUCGUCUGGAUGCAGUUCCACAGAUAUCACAGGCUGAAAUAGAGCUAUCUCGUCAGCGUAUAUCUGCAUUUUUGUCUACUCAUACUGCCUAUGAAUUGCUCCCAGAGUCUGGCAAGGUUAUUGCCUUGGAUGUAAAUCUUCCAGUGAAACAAGCUUUUCAUAUUCUCUAUGAGCAGGGAAUCUCUGUUGCUCCUUUGUGGGACUUCUGCAAGGGUCAGUUUGUUGGAGUUCUCACUGCAAUGGACUUCAUCUUAAUCCUAAUGGAGCUUGGGAAUCAUGGAUCUAACUUGACGGAGGAAGAGCUCGAGACACAUACCAUAUCUGCUUGGAAAGGGGGAAAGAUACGUAUCAACAGGCAAAUUGACUGUAACUUGAAUUCAUAUUCAAGAAGUCUUAUCCAUGGUGGGCCUUAUGACUCUUUGAAAGAUCUUGCUUUAAGACUUCUGCAAAAUAAGGUCUCAACUCUUCCCAUUAUCCAUUCUUCUUCACCUGAUGGUUCAUUUCCUCAGCUGCUACACCUGGCCACCCUUUCCGGGAUUUUAAAGUGUAUCUGCCGGCAUUUUAAACAUUCUUCUAGUUCCUUGCCAAUUCUUCAGCAACCAAUUUGCUCAAUUCCUAUUGGUACAUGGGUUCCACAAAUUGGGGAAGCAAGUGGAAAGCCAGUCGCCAUGCUAAGACGAAAUGCUUCUCUUGGUGCUGCUUUAUCUCUAUUAGUUCAAGCUGAAGUUAGUUCGGUACCGAUUGUGGAUGAUAAUGAUUCCUUGCUGGAUAUCUACUCUCGAAGUGACAUUACUGCAUUGGCAAAAGACAGGGCGUAUGCGCAGAUCCAUCUUGAUGAAUUGAGUAUUCAUCAGGCAAUACAAUUGGGACAAGAUGCAAGUUCUCCUUUUGGGUUAUUCAAUGGACAGAGAUGUCAGAUGUGUCUAAGGUCCGACCCUUUGCAUAAAGUAAUGGAGCGACUUGCUGUUCCUGGAGCAAGGAGACUUGUCAUUGUGGAGGCUGGCAGCAAGCGCGUGGAAGGCAUUGUUUCAGUGAGUGAUGUAUUUAGGUUCUUGCUCGGCUGCUGAUUCAGCCUGGUGAUCGCCCCACCUUUUUGGGCUUUGUUGUGGUGGCUUUAUGAAGAAGCCAUUGCUUGGCACUCAUGCUAGUUACUCUUCAGCAAUGCCCUUUUCUCAUAGUUGCAUUUGUUGUUGGUCUUGAAAUGUGUGGAGUCCUGAUUGGCUCAUGCUUUUGACCCCUUCUUUUUCCAGGAUGUGAGUUCAGAAAGAAAGAAAUGUCUGUAAAUUGAGAGGAUCCCAAUUUUUCCCUUAUUUAUAUUUUAAAAUUUCACUACCUUGUUAUUAUCAACCAUGCCAUAGUGUAGCUGCUCUGUUUUAUCUCUACUAGCUAACAAAAUAGCGAUGAAGGUGUCAGUAGCUGUAUAGUUUCUCAUGAUGCUGGUUAGUUGCUGGGAGGCUACUUACCAAAAACACAGUUCUGUGUCAAGUUGUUUCCAUUAGAGCCAAUAACCAAAGCCCCCAUGGAGUUAGAGUUGCUCAUAUUUUACAAAAGAUUGUGACUAUAUGUCGGAUCUGUGAGGAAUGAUGCAUUGUACUGAGAAUAUCCCACAAACUUUUUUUGGUUUUA